AUGGCGCCAAUUUGGGGGCUGGCAAUCCCACUGCCACCAUAUGUCAGUCUUCUACUAUUAUGUGGUUUCCUUGUGUGGGGUCUUUGGGUACUGUUUUCUGGGAAACAGAGCAGGGAGCAGGUGGCAGCCAAGAAAGACUCAGAGACUUCAAAGCAGCAUAAAUUGAAAAAGAUCCAGAAAUUUACAGGUCAGAAAGACCCUAUUCUUUAUUCUUCACCUCAAGCUCUUCAGUGUGAAGAAAAUCUCAGGAUGGGUUGCAUUGACUCUAACCUGACAUGCUUUUCAGGACUCCCUGUGAGAUGGGCCCAGGAAUACAUACUCUGGUCAAUGGACAGGAGUUUUCAACACAUCUUCCAAUACCUGGAAAGUGCAAGAUCAAGGCUUAUGGAACCGUGUUUGCCUGAAUCAGAGGAUAUGAUUUCUUCUUCUACUUCCUCUGUUUUUGUGGCUCAGGAACCUGCUCUACCCUGUUGUGACUGUAAGAAGGCAAAACAUUCUACUGACCAUAGCAUCUCUUCUGGAUCAUCAUGCAACAACUCCAGGUUGUCUCACCUUGCUGCUUUUUCUGAAAGAACAACCCGGCAAUUCCGGAGACAUAGUUUACCUGUUUUCCCCAAAAGGCAACCUUCGGUGUUCAGGAACCUAGGCACAUCUCUGCCUCCUUUUCAGCUCUCAGAGCUUAGGAAAUCAAAACUUUUUCAGAAUUUGGCAACUCUUUCACCCUUAAGACCUCAAAGCUCUUUUAUCAACUCUGUUUUUGAAUCCUCAAAUCUCUGCAAACAACAAGAGAAAACAAAAGAUGAGAGAAGGAGCAAGAGUCAUUUGACAUCAGAUCAUGGGCCAAAUUCUAUUUUCAAGGAGAGACCACGAUUCCCAGGGUGGGCUCCAGUCCGGCUCUCACCUUUGGCUAGGUGGGAGUUAGAGGGACAUAUGGCUUGGAAGGUUUGUACUUUGCGGGAACAAACAGUGCCUCUGCCUGUGAGGGAAUCAUGGGCAAUGUUGAAUUAUUUAAUUGAGGUACAAGGAGGAGUCCCUGAACCAGAGAAACCGCAAAUCCAGUUAUCUAUGCCCAUUCAUCAAAGCGCUGAGCAAAAUAUCAACAAUAAAUCCCCAGACCUUCCAUCAUUUCAGCUUCAUGUGAACAUUGGAGUGGAAUCUGGAUUAAAUAGAACAGAAACAAAAAUUUCACAGUCACUUACCCCAGGUAAGCAGUCACAACCUGAGGAUGGCCCCCAAAUCCUUGGAUCCAGGCCCUUAGUUAUAUCAAUGGGCACUCCACCUCCCAAAAGUUUAGGAGUUGACAUAAUUCAAAAGGAAACUACUUUACUGCAAAAGGACCCAAAACAUGUGCUAGAGCUUAGUAUAGAGCAGAGGGUCAUAGGUCUUCCAGAGAAAAGGGUACAGCAGCAUAAGACCCAAGUGACUAAUGUGGAGUUAACCCCAAGGCUACCAUAUCAAGUCACAGAUAGCAUAAAGGUAACUCCAUUGGCAUUACUUCAAGUCAUGGAUUCAAUGGGGAUGAUCCCAGAAUCACAUACAGAAGUGAUAGAAUCUAUGGGUUCAUUCCCACGGCCACCAAAUGAAGUUGUGAAACCAGUGGAAUCCAUGGAAACAGUGAGUGUAAGCCCCAAACCAUCAUAUCAAGUUAUUGAAUCAGUGGAGGUAACCCCAAUGCCGCAGCAUCAAGUUAUAGAAUCAGAGAAGAUGACCUCAGGACCACUGAAUCAAGUCUCAGAUAAUGUGAAGGUAACUCCUGCAGCAUUGCUUGAAGUCAUGGAUUCUAUGGGGAUGAUUAAAAAAUCACAUCCACACAUCAUAGAGUCAGUGGGAAUGAACCCGAGGCCACAAUAUCAAGUCAUGGACUCACUGAAAAUGAAGACAUUGUUGGGCCAUCAAGUCAUACAACCAGGAAAGACAAGUCCAAGGCCACAACAUGCAGUCAUGGAAACUAAGACCCCAGGGCCACAGUAUAAAGUUAUGCAAUCAGUGGGCACAACCUCAAGGUCACAAAGUCAAGUCAUAGAACCAUUGAAGAUUACUCCAGGGCCAUUACAUCAAAACACAAAAUCAUUGGAAAUGAUCUCCAGGCCAUUGCAUCAAGUCAUCGAUUACAUGGAAGUAACUCCAGUGGCACUAUUACAAGCUAUGGAUUUCAUGGGAAUAGUUACACCAGCACAUGUUACAGAAUCUGGGAAUUUGACCCCUAGUUCACAGUCGCAAGGUAUGGAAUAUGUUCAUUUGGCCCUACCACCAGAGUUUCCAUGUAUAAAAACUGUGGAUUUGACCCUAAGACCACUACAGGAAGAUAUGAAAUCUGUAGAGUUGGCCCCAAAGCCAUGGUUACAAGAUAAAAGAUCUUUAAAAGUACUGGAGAUAGCCCCAGUACUAUUGCUUAAAGAUGUGAAAACUCCCCAAAUAGAAUGUAGGAGGUUAAUCCCUGAGACACAGGUAGAAGGCAUACAAUAUAAGGAGCUGAUCCCAGGGGCACACAUUCAAGUAGUAAAAUCUGUAGAGUUGAACCCCAAACCAAAUCAUCAAGGCACAGAACCUGAAAGAUUGACCCCAUGGCAUCACGCUUCAGAAUCUUUAGGGAUGAUCUCAGAGCCAGGAUAUCAAGAAGCAGAAGCAAAGUUGACCUCUGACACUUGUUAUCGGGUGAAAGAAUCUGUGGGGUUGGUACAAUCAUCUUUAGGAAAUACCCCAGGGCCAUUGAGCCAAGCUUCAGAAUCUAUGCAGAUGAACUCAAUGUCAUUCCAAGGUACUCUUGAGACAAUGCUCCAAAGUGUAAAAGCCAUGGGGGAGACUCCAGUGUCACAACACACAAUACAAGAAUCUCUGGAGUUAGUACCAGGAUCAGAGAUGCAAGGUAUGAAAUCAGAGAUGUUGAACCCAGAUUCCCAGUGUAUGAAGUCUGUUCAUCUGAAUCUAGGACCAUAUUCAGAAGUUACUGAGUUGUCAGAGAUACCCCUAAGGUCAGAAUAUGAAAACACAGAAACUGUGGGGUUGGCAUUGUUUCAAGUUGCAAACCUCCAGGAGGCAAUGCCAGUACCACCAUAUUCAGAAAAAGGAUCUCUGGAGUUGACUUUAGGACCAGGGAUGCCAUAUGAGAAAUCAGAGCCACUACUGCAAAAUUUGAAAUCUGUGAAGUUAACCUCUGAGUCAUCCCCAUUAGCGGUAGGAUCUAAACAGUUUAUUACAGGACCAAAACCACAUAUUACGGAGUUGACGUCAGAGCCACAGCUCUGGGGAGUAAAGUCCAGGCAGUUGGAUCCAGAGCCACAAUUACAAGAUGUGAAAUAUGUUAAUUCAAUCCAACAGUCAACUACUACUGGAGUGGUAGAAUCUGAGAAGCUGAUACAAGAGCCAGUGCUACAAAGUAUAAUAUCAGAGGAAUUGGCUAAGGGGGCACAGCUCCAAGGCGUGAAAUUGACCCUAGGGCCACAGUCACAAAGUGUCAGAUUUUCAAAGUUAUCUCCAGGCCUGCUACUUCAAGGAGAAAAACCUGCAGAUUUAAUCUCAGAGUCCCCACAUCAUGGUGUGAAAUCUGAUGAAUUGACCCCAGCUUCCCCAAUGCAAGAAAUCAAAUUGUUAGAUUUUAUUCCAGGGCCAAAGCAUCAAAGUGUUAUAUCUGUACAGCUGACUCCAGAACCACAACCUCAAGAUAUGUUAUUUGUGAACGUAAACUCAGGACCAUGCUUGCAAGAUGUCAGAUUUUCUGAUUUGACCCCAGAACCAAAGCAUCAAGAUUUGAAACAUGUGCAGUUUAUACAAGGAACACAGCUUCAAGAUAUAAAGUCUGCAGGGUUUGUAACAGAAUCAUCUUUGCAGUUAAGCCAAGGGCUCCCAGUUGAAAAUAUGAAAUCUGUUCUGUCUGUAGAAGGAUCACAGUUUCAUAGCAUGAAAUCUGUGAAACUGACCUCAGAACUACAAUUUCAAGGUAUGAAGUCUGAGGAACUGAACCUAGGACCAAGGCAGCAAGAUGUCAAACCUUCUGAAUUGACUUCAGGACCAAAGAUUCAAGGUGUCAAAUUUGGGGAACAAACCCCAGGAUCAAUGUUUCAUGGUGUAAAUUCUGUGGAGAUGACUCCAGAGUUAGGGCUUCAAGAUUCUAAAUUAGCAAAGAUGUCUCCAGAGCUUCAAGGUAUGAAACAGAUGGGGCUUAACCCAGGGCCAUGGCUACAAGAUGUGAAAUUUUGUGAUCUGACAUCAGGAACUCAACCUCAAGGUGUGACAUCUUCGGAGUUAAACUCAGGGCCACAACUACAAUGUGUGAAAUUUUUUGAGUUGACCCCAGAGCCAAAGAUGCAAGAAAUAAAAUCUAUGGAGUUGACCCCAGGACUUGAGCAGCAAGGGGUUAAACCUGAAAUGUUAGUACCAGAGCUACCGUUUAAAGGUAUAAAAUGUGUAGCGGUAGACCAAAUGUCAAGCUUUGAAGGGGACAUUUCUGAUAAAUUAGUCUCAGAGCUACAAAUACCAGAUGUAAAAUCUAUGGAGUUGGCUCUGGGGCUACAGUUGCCAAGUGUAAAUGAUUCUGAGUUGACCAGAAGACCCCAGUUACAAAGUAUGAAAUUUUCUGAAUUGAUCCAGGGACCACAGUUGCAAGAUGUAAAACCUGUGGAGUGGAACCCAACCUCAAAACUUUUUGGUUUAAAGUCUGAGGCACUAACCCUAGAACCACAGCUGGAAGAUAUGAGAUCUACAGACAUACCCCCAGGGCCACAUUUGGGAGGUAUGAAAUCUAUGCAAUUAACACCAAAGCCACAACUGGGAGAUGUCAAAUCUACGGUGUUAACCCCUGGGCCACAGGUGGGAGGUGUGAAACUGAUAGAGCAGACCCCCGGCUCAAAACUUCGAGGUUUAAAAUCUGAGUUGUUGAUCUCAGAGUCUGAGUUAGAAGACGUGAAAUCUGUGGCCUCAACUCAAAGACAAUGUCUAAGAGGUAUGAAAUCUAUGUUGCUAACCCCAAGUCCACAACUGGAAGAUGUGAAAUCUAUGAAGAUAACAUCAGGUCCACAGAUAGAAGAUGUCAAAUCUGUGAAAAUCACCCCAGAUUCCAAGCAUCAAGGUGUGAAAUCUGUUGAAUUGACUCCGCAUUCAAGAAUUCAAGAAUUUAAAAGUGUGGAGUUGGUCCCAAGAACACAACUGCAAGAUGUGAAAGCUGUGGAAUUGAAACUUGGACCAAAGAUACAAGGUGAUAAUUCUGUGCCUUUUGCAGCUGAGCCAUUGCUCCAAGGGCCUCAAUUGCAAGGUGUGAAACCUGAGGAACUGACUUCAGAGCCACAAAUGCAAGAUACAAAAUUUAUAGAGAUUACCCCACGUUUAAAGCUUCAAAGUUUAAAAUCUGUAGAGGAGACUCCAGAUCCAGAGCUGCAAUGUGUAAAAUUUGUGAAGUUGACCCCAAGGCCAAACAAGCAGGUAGUUAAAUCUGUGAAUGUAACCAGAAGACAAAAGUUUCAAGGAGUAAAAUCUGUGGAUUUAGCCCCAAGGCAAAAGUUUCAAGGGAUGGCACUUGUGAAUUUAACUCCUGGACCAGAACAGGAUGGUGAGAUAUCUGUAAUCUCACCAGAGCAGCAAUGCGUGAAUUCACAGCAGUUGAAGAGAGGGUCUAAAUCAGAAGAUGGGAUGUCUUUGGGAUUAAUUCCAGAGUUAAAAUCUAAAGGUGAAAAAUUAGUAGACCUCAACUUUGAGUUACACUUAAAAGGUAUGAAAUCAUUUGAAUUGACUCCAGAAUCAAAUAUUCAAGGUGUAAAACCUAAAGAGUUUGAACUUAAAUCACAGUUGCAAAGCAUAAAAUCCCCCAAGUUGACCCCAGGAUCACUGUUGCACCAAAUGAAAACCUUAGAGUCAACUUCAGAGCCACAGCUUCAAGGUGUGAAAACUGUUGAGUUAAAACAAGAGCCACAGCUUGAAAGUAUGAGAUGUGUUCAGUGGAUACCAGGGCCUGAGUUGCAGGGUGUGAAAUCUGUAGGAUUAAAUCUUAGGUCACAAUCUCAAGGUGGCAAAUCUGCAGAGUUGAAAUCUUCAAUACAGUUAAGAGAUGUGAAGUCAUCUGAAUUGACUCUAGGGCCAAAAAUUCAAGGUACAACAUAUAUGGAGUUCAACCUCAGGCCACAGUUGCAGAGUGUGAAAACCCCUGAGUUGCCCCCAGGAUCACAGCUGCAGAAAGGGAAAUUUUUGGUGUCAACCUCAGAGCCACAGCUUCAAGGUGUGAAAACUGUGGAGUUAAACCAACAGCCACAGCUUGGAAGUAUGAAAUCUGUUCAGUGGAUACCUGUACCAGAGUGUCAAGGCAUGAAACCUCUGCUAAAUCUUGGGUUACAAUCUCAAUGUGUUGAACCAGCAGAGUUGAAAUCUUUGAUACAGUUAAGAGAUAUGAAGUCAUCCACAUUAACUCCAAGGCCAAAGCUCCAAGGUAUACAAUCUUUGGCAUCACCCCAGGAGCAUCAGCCUCAAGGUUUCGAUUUGAAACCUUGUCUUCAGUUUAGAAGUAUGAAAUCAUGUGACCUGACUUCAAGGUCAAAGCUCUGUGAUAUAAAAUCUCUGAUGUUCAAAUCUAGGCUUCACUUGCAUGAUGGGAAAUCUCCUAAGUUGACCCCAGGAACACAGCUUCAAGGUGCAAAGUCUCUAGUGCUUACACAAAAACUACAGCUUCCUGAGGUGAAAUCUGGGGUAUUAGGCCAAGGGUCACAAUUACAAAGUGAUAAAACUAUAGAGUUGAACUCCCCACUACACUUGAAAAAUAUGAAGUCAUCUGAGUUGACUCCUCAGACAAAGCUUCAAGGUGUGGAAUCCGAGGAUUUCAACUUGGAACCAUUGCAAGGUCUAAAAUCUUCUAAGUUGCCACCUGAGACAAAGUCCCAAGAUACGAAAUUUACUGAGUUAAACCCCAGCUCACAUGUGCAAGGUAUAACAUUUUCUAAAUUGACCUUAGGGACAAAUAUUCAAGGCGUCAAAUCUACAGAUUUCAACCCUGGUCCCCAGUUGCAAGGUGUGAAAUCUUCUGAGUUGAUACUUGGGACAAAGCUUCAAAAAGUGAAAUCAGUGCAAUUUAAGUCAGGCCCACAGUUGCAAGAUAUGAAUUCUUCUAGGUUGAUCAUGGAUAUAAAGCUUCAAGACGUAAAAUCUAUGAAUUCCAGGUCUGGACCACGCUUACAGGGUGUGAAAUCUUCUGAAGUGAUCUCAAGGGAAAAGCUUCAAGGUGUGACAUCUGUAGAAUUGAAAUCUGGUUCAAAGUUACAGGAUGAAAAAUAUUCCAAUUUGACCCUGGGGAGGAACUUUCCAGGUGUGAAAUCUGUAGAGUUGGACUCAGGCCCACAGUUACAAGAUAUGAAGUGUUCUGAGCUGAUCAUGGGUAUAAAGCUUCAAGAUGUAAAAUCCAUGGGGUUCAGUUCUAGACCACACUUUCAAGGUAUAAAAUCUUCUGAGGUGAUCCCAGGGACAAAGCUUCAAGAAGUGAAAUCAGUGUUCAACUCUGGACCACAGAUACAAAGUAAAAAAUCUUCUGAGUUGAUUCAAGGGACAAAGCUUCAAGAUGUGAAAUCCUUACGGUUCAACCAUAGUCCAAAGUUACAAGGUGGGAAAUCUUCUAAUUUAACCCAGAGGAGGAAGCUUCAAGGAGUGAAAUCUAUGGAAUUUAACCCUGGACCACAGAGACAAUGUGAGAAAUAUGAUUUAACGCUAGAAUGGAGGCCUCAAGAUUUGAAAUCUGUUGACUUAAAACCUGUUCCACAGUUACCAGGUGUGACGCCUGCUGAGGUAACACCAGAGACCAAGCUUCAAAGUGGAGAAUCUGGGGAGUUCAUCACGAGGCCAAUGUGGCAAGACAUGAAAUCUUCUGAAUUGACUCUAAGUACAAGGGUACAAGAUGUGAAAUCUUUGGAAUUCAACUCAGCCCCACAGUUACAAGAUAGGAAAUUGUCUAUGUUGACACCAGGGGCACACUUUCAAGGUGUGAAAUCUAUGGAAUUCAACCCUGGGGCAAAGUUGCAAGGUGCGAAAUCUUCUGAGUUGUGCCUAGGAACAAGGCUUCAAGGUAUGCAGUCUUUAGAGUUCAAUCCUGGGCCACAGUUGGAAGAGAUAAAACCUGAGUUGAGAACAGAGAUGAAGCUUCCAGAUAAGCAAUUUCUGGAAUUCAACCAGGAACCUAAAUUGCAAGGUGGGAAAUCCUCUGAAGCAAAUCCAGGGCUACAGCAUCAGUGUAUAGAUUUUAUGGCAUUCAACACUGGGCCACACUUGCAAGGUGUAAAAUCUUCUGAGUUGAAUCCUGGGCCAGAGCUGCAAGGUAUAAAAUCUAAGGUGUCCUGCCUUGGGCCACAUUUGCAAGGUGUGAAUUCUUCUGCAUGUAUUUCAGAACCAAAACUUCAGUGUGUAAAUUCUACUGGAUGUAACCCUGGGCCAUAUUUUCAAAGUGGUAACUCUUCUGAGUUAACUUCACAAAAAUUACAGUGUGUAAAUUCUAUGAAGUGUGUAGCACCUAUGGACUACAACCCUGGGCCACAGGUGCAGUGUGUAAAUUCUUCUGAAUUGAAUCCAGGGCCAAAAUUUCAAUGUGUAGAUUCUAUGGAGUGCAAACUUGGACCACCUUUGCAAGGGAUAAAAUCUUUCGAGUUGACUUCAGGGACAAAAUGUCAAGAUAUGGGCUCUGAGGUGAAUCCAGGGACAGAGAUUCAAAGUGAGACAUUUAUGGUAUUCAACCAUGGACCACAUUUGCAAUGUCUGAAAUCUGAAUUGAUUCCAAGGUCAAAGUGUCCGGGUGUAGCACCUAUGGACUGCAACCCUGGGCCACAGAUGCAGUGUGUAGAUUUUUCUGAGUUGAAGCCAGCGCCAAAAUUUCAAUGUGUAGAUUCUAUGGAGUGCAAACUUGGACCACCCUUGCAAGGUGUAAAAUCUUUUAAAUUGACUUCAGGGACAAAAUGUCAAGGUACGAGAUGUUCUAAUUUGAAUCCAGGGCCAGAACUUCAAGGUAUAAAAUCUAUGUUCAACCCUGUGCAACAUUUACAGGAUAUAAAAUGUGAAUUGACUCCAAGGACAAAGUUUCAAGGUAUAACAUCAAUGGAGUUCAACUGUGGCCCAGAGAUGCAAGGUAUGAAUUCUGAGGAGUUGCCCUCACACCUCAGACAGCAUAGUGUAAGAUCUGUGAUGUUUGCACCAGAGCUGUAGCCAUGUUCUCAAGAAAUGAAAUCUGUGAAGUCAAACCUAUGGCCACAACCUCAAAGUGUGAAUUCUUUAGGGUUGUCAUCAUGCCUGAGGUCACAAGGUGUUAAAUCUGAGGUCUUUGCACCAGAGCCAUGUUUUCAAGAUGUAAAAUCUGUAGGGUUGACACCAGGAUCCCAACACCAAGGUAUGACUUGCCGAGAAUUGACUUCAGGAAGGCAAGAUGUGAAAUCAGUAGUGUUGGCACCAGAACCAACUAAGAUGUUCACAUCAGGACCAAUGUUGACUAGUGUCAAAUUUUCAAAUUUGUCUUCAGAAUCACAGCAACAACGUGUGAAAUCUAUGGAGCUUACUCCAGAACCAAAGUUGCAAAGUAUAAAACAUGUGAAAUUGUCUUCAGUGUCUCUGAAGCAAGAUAGAAAAUCUGUGGAGUUAGCACCAGGGUCAAUGCUUCAAAGAGUGAAAUUUGAGGAGCUAACUCCAAGAACAAGCUAUCUAAUCACUGACUCCUCUGAAAUAAUCCCUAGACCAGGACAUCAGUUUGUAAAAUAUGCAGAGAUGAUCCCAAAGCCAAGGUAUAAAGUCCCUAAAUCUGUGAAUUUGAAUUCAAUACCAAUUUAUCAAGUCACAGAAUCUUCAGACAUGGCACAAAGGUUGGCAUGUCAAGGCACAGAAGGUGUAGAGAAAUCUGUAGGGUUGACCCCAAAGCCAAUAGUUAAAGCCAUGGAAUCUUCAGGGAUGCCUCUGGAGCUAGAUCUUCAAGUACCAGAAUUUGUUGAUCUGACUCCAGUGCUAAGGGAUCAAGGCUCAAAAUCCUUAGAAUUAACCCCAGAGAAAAGCUACCAAAUCCCAGAAACUCUGGAGUUGUUCUCUCAGUCAUGGCCUCAAGUUAAGGACUUGGGGGAGUUAUAUACAAGGUCACUACAGCAAGUUGUGGAAUCUGAAGGGAUGACCCCAGAGCCCAAGCAUCACAUUACAGAAACUAUGGGGUUGACCUCUGAGGCAAGGCUGCAAAGGGAGGAAUUUCUUGGAAUGACCCCAAUGCCAAAAAGUAAAGCAACUGGAUAUGCAGAGAGAACUCCAAGGCCCUAUACUCAAGCCCUAGAAUCUGUAGAGGUGAUCUCUGAGGAAAGAUUGCAAAGGGAAGAUUCUGUAGCAUUGAUUACAAAGUCAUUACAUUAUGUCCCAGAAUUUUCAGAGAUGACACCAGGCCUAGGAUAUCAAGUUCCUGAAUCUGUGGAGUUGACUUCUGAGACAGUGCUGCAAGUGGAGGAACCUGUAGAACUGACUCCAAAGUCAUGGCAUCAUAUGGGAUCUUCAGAGAUAAUAUUAGGGUUAGGACAUCAAAUCUCAGAAUCUGUGGGUUUGACCUCUAAGCAAUGGCUUCAAAGGGAGGAAUCUUUAAAGUUGCUCCCAAAGCGAAUAAGUCAAGAUGCAGGACAUGUAGAAUCUGUAGAGCUCACCUCUGAGACAUGGCAACAAGGGGAGGGAUCAAUGGAACUAACACAGUCACAGAAUCAAAGUAUGAAAUAUUCAGAGAUAGCCCCAAGACCACUGGGUCAAAUUACAGAAUUUACGAGGAUUAGUCCAAAGCCACUAGAUCAAGUCACAGAAUCUACAAAGACAGACCUUCAAGUUACUCAAUCAACAGGGGUAACCCCAGUAGCCCCCCCAAAAGUUGCUGAAUCUGUGAAAGUGACUCCUGGGCCACCAGUUCAAGUUGUGAGGUCUGUGACAUUAACGCCAGGGCUAACCUCUCAAAUGGUGGACUAUGUUGAGUUGACACCAAAACUGCAAGAUGUGAGACCUUCAGAGUUUACCUCAAGGCUAUGGUUGCAAAAUGUGAAAUCUAAGAAAUUAAUCACAGAGCCAACACACCAAAUUUUGGAAAUAAUGGAGUUGACAGGGUUUCAAAUUGUAAAGACCAUGUUAAUCCCAGGGCCACCACUUCAAAUUGUAAAAUCUGAGGAAUUAGCACCAGGACCAAUUCCUCAGGUUGUAGAACCAAUACGAGUAGCCCUAGGAUUGGGGCUUGAAGUAAUGGAUUGUUUGGAUUUACUCCCAAGGCCACAUCUUCAAGAACUGGUAGAACCUGUAGAAUUAACUCCAAGGCCAAAUACUGAAGUGAAAUCUGCAGAAUUAACCUCACGGCCAACAUCUCCAUUCGAGGAACCUACAGUGUUGACUCAUGAACAAAGAUUUCAGGCUGUGAAAUCUAUUGGGAUAAAAACAGGGCCUCUGCAAGUCAUGGAAUGUGAGGAUUUGAAUCUAGGACAAGUGUAUCAGAAUAGGGAAUCUGAGAAGUUAACGUCAGGAGAAGUGUUACAAGUAGGAAAUUAUUUCUCCAGGUUUCUACACAACUCUUCAAACUCACUCAUCUCAAGCUCUGUCAAAACAACAUCUGAUUUAGGAGGCCUUUGGGAUUCUGAGAUGCCAGAAGUAUCAAGAGCCUUGGAUAUAAAAAACCUUGGGACAGAUAUUUUGCUGCCUGAAGAGUCCUUUAUAGACCCUGCUAUGAUACAAUCUUCAACCCUUCCCUUGUCCCUUCAUAAUCAACCCUCUGAUAAGAUAGCUAACACUGUAGAAACCCCACAUUCUGAGAUCCCAGGAGUGGAUGUCACAUCUAAGGAGAAGACUAAGAGGAAGCAGGUGGAGGAGCUAGAGAAUUCUCUCCAAGGCUUCUCCCAACAUCCACCACAAAGCUGGAGAUCACCAUCUAGGACCUUCCAGGCAGGAUCAAGGGCUCGAAGAGGCCUUGCCUGGUCUGUCCUGGGCAGACAACAGAAUUUGUGGGAGAGUCACUCUUGGAGGCAGCGACUACCUAGAAAAUAUCUCUCCAAUAUGCUAAUACUAGGGAAUGUCUUGGGGACCACUAUGGAAAGGAAGCUUUGUUCUCAAACAUCUUUAACAGAAAAAACCAUUGCAGAUACCUGUCAGUCUAUUCAGAAUUUAUUUGGGGUUCCAGCUAAACUGAUGGAAUUUUCCCAGAGUCUGCCAGAGAAGGGUCGAAGUACUAUUUCUCGGCCUUCAAUGGUCAAAAACUAUAUUCAAAGGCAUACUUCAUGCCUUGAUCAUAAGAAAAGAAUGGCCUUAAGGAUGUGGACACGUGGCUCCAUGUCCUCUAUAAUACAGCAAUACUCUGGGACUAGAGUGAGAAUGAAGAAAACAAACUCAAAGCUCAGUGAUAUAUCCCAGGAAGUCAUUCAGCACAUGCCUAUUUCAUGUACAAGGGACCAGUUUCCUGCCCCAGUGAAGUCAGAAUCUUCCUUCAAUAUAUUUUUCGCUAGGAAAGAUCCUGUUCCAGGGGAAGAGAGUGAGAACUCACAGAGUGAUUCACAGACAAGGAUUUUUGAGUCCCAACACUCCCUCAAGCCAAGUUAUCUUUCCCAGGACAAGACUGACUUUUCAGAACAGUUCCAGCUGCUACAAGAUCUGCAGCUAAAAAUAGCAGCAAAAAUGUUAAGGAGUCAAAUACCUCCCAAUGUACCUCCACCUCUAGCUUCAGGUCUGGUCCUAAAAUACCCUAUCUGCCUACAGUGUGGCAGAUGUUCAGGAUUUAACUGCUGUCAUAAAUUACAGGCCACUUUUGGGCCUUACCUUCUUAUCUAUCCACAGCUCCAUCUUGUAAGCAAUGCUGAAGGCCAUGCAGAGAUUAGAUUCCAUCUUGGCUUUAGGUUGCAAACUGGGAAAAGACCUCAGGUCUCAAAGUAUCAUAGAAAAGACAGACCCAUCACACCAAGAAGUCCUAUAUCACCAUCACUAAGGAAAGCUAAAAUCUAUGCUCGAGCCUCCAAGAGUCCUAUUUCUACAAUCGAUUUCCAGUCUGGGUCUUCCCAGUCUCCAGCUCCUGUACAAGUCCACAUCAGGCGAAGGCAAUGUGGCAGCCCUGACCUAACAGGAAAGACAGAAAUUAGAGAACUUGGGCACUAUGAAUUCACUCAAGUUCACUCUCUACCAGAGAGUGACUCUGAAAGCGAUCAGGAUGAAAAAUGGGCUAAAGUGAGAACCAAAAAGACCCAUGAUUCAAAAUAUCCAAUAAAAAGAAUAACCAAGAGAGUUAGAACACCAAACACAAAGUUCUACACAAACAGUAGAACCAUAAUACGGAGUCCCUAUAGGGAAUUACCAGCCCGGUUAAGAAGGAAGAGGAAUGGAGCAUCUCAGACAACUACUGCCUCUCAGACAACUACUGCCUCUUUACAAAGACAACCUAAGAAACCCUCCCAACCCAAAUUCAUUCAAUUGCUUUUUCAGGGCCUAAAGCAGGCAUUCCAAACAGCACACAGAAUUAUGGCUUUUUUGAGGCAGAAACCUGAGGACAGGACAAGGCCAGACCAUUUGUGGUCAAGCAAAAACUAUCAUCCAAAACAAAAAGUCAGAGACUAUUGUUUAUCAAAGGAUAUCAAAAGAGACAGGAUGCCAGUUGUCAAGCUACAGCCAAUAGACUCAGCCACUAAGCAGGAGAGCAUGUUGUGGGGAGAAACAGACCUAUUCAGAUCAGCUCAACAACCGAAAAGAGAUACCUCUUUCCAACACAGAUCUAUCCAACUGCCCAAGCCCAUAGUUUCCCAAAGAAGUACCACUUUCAUAACCACCUCGAUCAGACAGCCUUUCCGUGCUGUUCAAAGUGACAGUAGCAGCAGAGCUAAGAGAAACUUCUACAGAAACGAAAUCUCUAGCCAGGAGUCCAAGAACUCCAAAAGAGGAACCAGAGUUCAGGCCCAAGGGAGAAUCCUACAUGGUUCCCCCAUGAAGAAAACCUCACAUGGUCACCUUAAAGAGAAACCCACACACAAGGAACCAAACCAUCACAGCUUCUAUAGGGAAAGAACCCCAUAUAAUUCCUCCGAAAGGAGCCAAUGCAGGCCCUCUGACAGAACUUGUGGCAGUCUUUCUGGGAGGAGUCAUCGGAGCCUCUCUGAGAGGAACUAUCACCAUCCCUCUGAGAGGAGCCAUGGAAGUCCCUCUGAGAGGAGCCAUCGCCAUCCCUCUGAGAGGAGCCAUCACCUUCCCUCUGAGAGGAGCCAUCAAAGUCCCUCUGAGAGGAGAUGUCGCAGUCCCUCUGAAAGGACCAAUCGCAGUCUCUUUGAAAAAACCCGUCGCAGUCCUUCUGAGAGAAGACAGCACAGGCCCUCUGAGAGGAGUCGUCGCAGUCGUUCUGAGAGAAGACAGCACAGGCCCUCUGAGAGGAGUCGUCGCAGUCCUUCUGAGAGAAGACAGCACAGGCCCUCUGAGAGGAGUCGUCGCAGUCCUUCUGAGAGAAGACAGCACAGGCCCUCUGAGAGGAGUCGUCGCAGUCCUUCUGAGAGAAGACAGCACAGGCCCUCUGAGAGGAGUCGUCGCAGUCCUUCUGAGAGAAGACAGCACAGGCCCUCUGAGAGGAGUCGUCGCAGUCCUUCUGAGAGAAGACAGCACAGGCCCUCUGAGAGGAGUCGUCGCAGUCCUUCUGAAAGGAGCGACUCAAGUCAUUCUGAGAAGAGCCGACACAGUCCCUCUGAGAGAAUCCGUCACACUCUCUCUAAGACUCAAGCACAGCUCCCCUAGGGAGAGACUGAGACAUAGUUUGUUUCAAGAUUUCAGGAGUUACUCAAACAUAAAAAACCCCCAAAGCAGGGCAAGUUUGGAGGCCUGAACUAGUAUAUGAGAAGAAACCCGC